UAGAGUUUGUAGAUGCGUUGCGGCUUGCGCUGAAAGAUGGCGACGGUGGAGCAGCGCCCGCCUGUGCGGGAGGGAAUGCGGAUCGCGGUGUUGUGUCUGUGUUGGUACACCGUCAGCUCAGGCGGCAACGUGAUCAACAAAAUCAUCCUAAACAAUUUCCCGUACCCGGUCACCGUUUCUCUUUUCCACAUCCUCUCUAUCAUCGUGUUUCUGCCGCCGUUGUUGCGAGCAUGGGGUGUCCCGCGAAUCGAGAUCACGGCCCGGUAUUACCGCUGGUUCAUCCUGCCGCUCGCCUUCGGAAAAUAUUUCGCCUCCGUCUCGGCCCAUUUCAGCAUCUGGAAGGUCCCGGUGUCGUACGCACACACUGUGAAAGCCACCAUGCCCAUCUGGGUGGUUAUGCUGUCACGGAUAAUCAUGAAAGAGAAGCAAACUACCAAGGUUUAUGUAUCUCUUAUACCCAUCAUUGGAGGUGUCCUAUUGGCUACAGUCACUGAAUUGUCCUUUGACCUCUCUGGAUUGAUCAGCGCACUGGCAGCGACCCUCUGCUUCUCCUUACAAAAUAUAUUCUCCAAAAAGGUCCUGCGUGACACGAGGAUCCAUCACCUUCGUUUGCUGAACCUACUGGGCUUUAACGCACUUUUGUUCAUGCUUCCCACAUGGAUCUUAGUGGAUCUCUCCAAUUUCCUGAUGGAGGGAGACCUGGCGGACGUUUACAACGGGACGGGAACAAUAGUGCUGCUUCUCAUCAGCGGCUUCUGCAACUUUGCACAAAACAUGAUCGCAUUCAGUGUGUUGAAUCUGGUGAGCCCGCUCAGUUACGCCGUGGCCAACGCCACAAAGAGGAUCAUGGUCAUCACGAUAUCCUUACUGAUGCUAAGAAACCCCGUCAACACAUCCAACAUCAUGGGCAUGCUGACGGCAAUACUGGGCGUCUUCCUCUACAAUAAGGCGAAAUACGACGCCAACCAGGAAGCCAAAAAGAAACUGCUGCCGAGUUCAGCGCAGGAUUUAGUUUCGUUCGACAAGCCCCAGUCCAACGGCUCCGGGCCCUUCACGCACGCCACAGACAUUCAGUACGGCAGGAGCACGGUGCUCACCGACCACUUUCAGUACAGCCGGCAGGCCUACACAACAAAUCACACCUCCAGCCAGUAUGUUGUUUGAGUCAAGCACUUUGAAGGACACUAAAGACUGAUCUCAGGCCUCUGUAUUUGAGUACGGACGGCCCCAUCCUAAAUACGGACCUUGAAAGGAAUGUUAUCUCACAAAUAUCCUACUGUUAUUAUUUUUUUUUUCACAGCCAUGUUAUUUAUUUUGGUUUUCCCUUCUGUGUCAGUAUCUGAAGGUGGUUUAUUGUGUAUACACUGUUAGAAAUUAAGGUACAAAAGGUGUAUCAUUUGACCUGAGAAGUACAAAGGUAUAACUUUUUAUAAAGCACCACCCCAGUGACGGCUUUUGUACCUUUACUUCUGACCGUGUAGAAUUACAGGAAUGUGUUGGGAAUUGUUGAACCAUUGUGUAAAUAAUCCGAGCGACGUGGCUCAUUGAGGAUUCGGUUUCGUUAUUUGCACGGGACGCAUUUCAAUGCAAUUCAAAGUUCAGAAUGUAACGCAUCGUCGAUGUCAUGCUACUGUAAAUGAAUGACGGACAGACAAACAGCGAGACCUCUGCCAUAUAACAUACACUGGGUCACAGCAAAUACCAAUGCAUCAGGGUAUUCGUCAAUAUUCUGUUUGGGUUUGUGCCUCCUGUUUGUAAAUAUUUUAUUUAUUUUAUUAGUGGAGGGUGCAUUUAUUCAAUCAUAUGAACUGAACAGCUUUUGGAUUGUCUGAUAUCUGUGAAGACGUUGUUUUGGUUUUUGUUUUCCCUUUGGGAUAAUCAAGAUCACUUGAAUCAUGGUGUGCAUUAACAUGCAUGAUUGUUUAUUUUGUUAAAGCAUAAAAAUAUGGACAUCACUUAUGAAUCCUAUGAACAAGAUUAAAAAAUCAUUCAAAGAACUGGUAAAGAAAAAGCUUUCCAUAAAAAAAGAUCACGAGGAGCUGCAUAAUGUUUUUAAAUGUUUCAGUUCUCAUUAUCUUCAUAUGAUUUUAUAAAAACUGAAGACAAUGUUAAGAAGCUGCUGGAUGAGAAGUUGAACACAUAAUGGUGCAAUAUUGUUUUCAAUAAGGAUUUCUGGAAGUGUUUAAGUGACUUACACGAGUCAUGUGCAUAUAACGCAAUGCUCAUGGAUGGGUCCAGAUGAAAUCUGUAAAUGUUUUCAUAAGGAGAUGAUUAACUUGCUGCAGAUCUUUCUGAUCUGCGGUCACAGGUUUCAUGUGGGCCUGCUGGUUUGGGUACAUUGACCAGUACUCUGGUUUCCUGUUAACAGUUUCUCACCUUCUUUUAAAAAAAAAAUGUGUCUUACUGCUGGAAAGUUUGACACAGCAUGCUGGAUGUUAGCAUUAGUCGGCAAAGACGAUGUUUAGAGCUUGAAAAGUUUUUUUUAUACUUGUACUUUGUUUAAAAAGCACCGUAAUAUUCAGUCGGUUUAUGGGAUAUUCAAGCUCUUUGUAUCAUUGUGAUUUUUAUUAUGUUCAACCCCAUAAAGUAGUUAAUAUUAAUAUUGUGUAUGAUGUCAGCCACUUUGUAUGAAAGGCUGUUUGUGGGUUUGGUUUGUUUUCCUUCUGCUUGUUUUUAAUUGGUUCACACCUUAUUGCUUUUACAUAUUGAUGUCACUGGGGGAGUGGCUAAGAUCAAGUUUAUAUCAGUGCGGAUUUUUAUUUUUUUGUAGCCAAUUGUAAACAUAAUAUUGAGCAAACAUAUUUGUUAAGCAGAAAGUCAUUGAAUUGCACAUUAAACUGAGCCUAAACCUUUAAAUCCUAAAUCCUUAACUUAAAAAAAUCCAAACCCGAUAAUACAGUGCCCUUCCUAAACAGAUAAUCAUGCAAUACUGUAGUAUUUGAUGUUUAUUGCCUUGUUUUGGUCAGCUUCAGAAACUUUCAGCUCUUUUGUCACUUGUAAGAUUCAUGUCUAUGUUAUUACAGUCUGGUUGAGUCUCAAUUAGUGGUUUGGAAAUGCGUUGUAAGACCAACCGGGUGUUUCCAAUUUUUGAUUUUAAGAUGCCUUGGUACGUUUAUUGUUACAUUUUAUUUGGUCAACCUUAAAGUUACAAGAUGAUUUAUUUUUAAAUGUGAAAUAAAGGUGAAUUGAUAAGA